AUGGCCAGCAGCACGGAGGACUACGGUUCCGAGCUGCAGGAGCUGCAGUGGGGCGGGGGUACCACCGGGACGCACUUCCUGCGUGGUGCCGGCGGCGGUUCUCACUACCUGCGUAGCGGUACCGGUGGCUGCUACGAAGCUGAGGACCUCGAGCCCGUCACCACGAGUCGGCAUCAUGCCGGCCAGCACCGUGGCUACUAUAGUCCGCCUGGCACCAGCUACACCAUCGUCGAGAGGCCGCCCAGCGCGCCCCAUCAUCACUCCUCGCAUGCAACCCCCUACAGAUCGCACCGGGGUCAUGGAACCACCGGCGGCACCGGUGCCAUCUCCCCAGAACAGGUGCUCAGGCUGUUUGGUAACAGUGUCGCGGAACGACGGCAGGCCGAUCGCAAAUCGCCGGCAUCGAGUCCAGCGAGCGUGACGACGGUCCGCGGCACGCCGAUCGCGUCCGGUGGCUCGCAGCAACAACAGCAACAGCAGCAAACGCAACAGUCGCAGCAGCAGCAACAGCAACAGCAGCAACAGCAGGCCGGGAAUACCGGGAAUCCGCCCACGUCGCCGAUCUCGCAGCCUCUGAGUCUUCAGGAGCUCACCGUAAGGACAAUCACCAUGACGAGAGAUCCGCCGGACUCUCACCAUGGCUUUGGCAUCUGCGUGAAGGGUGGCAAGGACGCAGGUGAGAUCCGAAGUACCUUCAGGCUACCCCCGUCGCCGUACUUCGUGCCUCGAGAACGAGGGGUGGGUGUCUACAUUUCGAGGGUGGAGGAAGGCUCGGUGGCCGAACGUGCUGGACUCAGGCCAGGAGACACGAUCCUGGAGGUGAACGGCACGCCUUUUCGCGCGGUCACCCACGAGGAGGCCCUCAAAAUGCUGAAGUCCUGCAGGACUCUGAGCAUGACGGUGCGAGGACCCGCCUUGGACCCCCGCUGCCGAGGUGGUCACCCCGUAUGGUCGUCGUCGGGUCGUCCACAGUCCUGCAGUUGGAUGGACCGCCAAGGUCGUCCGGCGUCUCCACCGCCCCCUCAUCCACCCCGUGAUUCCCGCUACGGACCGAGGACGCGAAAAGUCGAGCUGUGCAUCGAACCCGGCCAAUCUCUAGGCCUGAUGAUCCGUGGCGGCCUCGAAUACGGCCUCGGAAUCUACGUGACGGGCGUCGACAAGGACAGCGUCGCCGAUCGCGCCGGGCUCCUCGUGGGCGAUCAGAUUAUUGAGGUGAAUGGGCAGAACUUCGAGGAGGCGACGCACGACGAGGCUGUUCAGAUACUGAAGACCAACAAAAGGAUGAGUCUGCUGAUACGUGAUGUCGGCAAAGUGCCCCAUUCGUGUACCACCAGUCAACCUAUAGUAAUCCCGACCGCCCGAUAUCCCGAGCACGAUCCUUCACUUUUGGAAAGUCCCGGGAAUCAUCGUCCACCCAGUCCCGCCAGCACGAAUGAGUGGAGGCAUCGGAGUGGCGUUCACACCGUUUCGGCAGCCACCGCCGCCAUGGUGGAAGAGAAGGCGCGGGUCGUCCUCGCUAGGAGCGAACGAGCCGCGCUCUCUCAGCUGUUGGCGGAUUACAGGACGAGAAGGCUGACGAUAGAGGAUUUGAUCGUCAGCCUGAGCGAUCUGUUAAACACUCACGAGAAACUGACGCUGCUGACGGAGCUCAGGGAGUUGGUUGACAACAAGGACAGAGCGGCCUUCGACGAUCUCGUUUACCGACCCCGAAUAGCAAUGAGAAAAGGCGACCGCGCACACUCGGACCUGAUAGUGACACCCUCGCUCCACGAUCUUCCGAGGGGUGUGCCCGGUGGUUGUUGCCGUCCGGGACGACUGGUGGACGUCGAGGGAGACCCUCUAGGAGUGACGGGCCCUCUUCUACCGCGGGAUAGCCAGGAGUAUAGGUCGCCGAGCGAGGACAGCGGUCUCGGGGCCGACAUGCCCAGGACCAGAGUGGGCUGCAGGAGGGCGCAGCAGCACCAAGUGACGACCUCCGACCUCGCCCUCUCCAAUGAUGACGAGUGCGACAAUCAGGAUUAUGAUGACGAGAUCGAGAAUGGACGAGGUCGCAGACACAGUUCCCCAGGCGGCUCGCGGGGUAACCCCAGGGAUUAUGGCCAUCACUUGCACCCGGACAAUUUGGAGAGCGAUGGGGGUUGCGAGGGUAGCGACGCCGAGAUGAUCGGUAACGGGAGACGGGGCGCUGGCGACAGGAAUCGCGAUUUGGAGGAGGAUGACGAGCUCGAGAGCAGGGAGGAGAGGGGCUCGGAGAGUGGAGGAGGUGGUGGAGGUUUCGGUGGUUGGAGGUCCCACCUGCUCGGUGGACUAACGCAACGUGUCAAAUCCUGGUACUGGGGCGCCAGGCCCCUCGAGCUCGCACACAAGCUCUCGCGGAGCUUCGACAUGCAGGAAGCGCAACUGCUGGAGGAGGGUGGCUCCGGCAGCGGGUCCGUCGUGGGUGGGACCGCGGGAGGCCCGCCGCGGCGGCAUCACAGCGUGCAGCGAUUGACUCGCAGCGAGAUGUCGGAACGACGGGAGGAGGACGGCGCCCUGGUGGUGCCCGAUCAUCAGGGCAAUCUGCGGAUCACCGUGAAAAAGACCAAGUCGAUUCUAGGCAUUGCCAUCGAGGGCGGCGCCAAUACCAAGCACCCACUGCCCCGGAUCAUUAAUAUACACGACAACGGAGCAGCUUACGAAGCUGGUGGCCUCGAAGUCGGACAGCUCAUUCUCGAGGUCGAUGGUCAAAAAGUUGAAGGACUUCACCAUCAAGAGGUCGCGCGGCUGAUCGCGGAGUCAUUUGCACGCCGCGACCGAAACGAGAUCGAGUUCCUGGUGGUGGAGGCGAAGAAGAGCAACCUCGAGCCGAAGCCGACGGCGCUCAUUUUCCUGGAGGCGUAG